AUGUCUAAACUGGAACAACAGUUGGCAUUUUGUUUAUCAAAACGUUCAAAUAGAUCCCAACUUCGAAAACUCACAACAUUCCCCUCUACAAAUGUUGACUUUUCUUCAAACGCAUACCUUUCUCUAUCUUCAAUCCCAUCUCUACUCUCUGCGUAUCACACUCUUCUUCAAAAUCACCCAUCUUUGGGGUCUGGUGGUUCUCGCUUGCUGGAUGGAAACUCUAGCUUUGCGCAAGACUUGGAGCGAGAUAUAGCGGCUUUUCACAAUGCUCCUUGUGGAUUACUCUUCAAUUCUGGUUUUGAUGCCAAUGUGGGCAUUGUGAGUUGUUUACCUCAGGCUGGAGAUAUCAUUUUCUAUGAUGAGCUUGUUCAUGCUAGUGCCCAUGAUGGAAUGAGAUUGAGUCGAGCGGCGAGAAAGAUACCGUUUAAACAUAACUGUGUUUACGGAGAAGGUGGCCUUGAUCAUGUUUUGUCUGGUCUUGGAGAGGAAACAUCUGUGUUUAUUCUCGUUGAGGGUGUUUACAGCAUGGACGGAGAUGUUGCACCUCUGAGAGAUAUCGUGUCCUGUGUUAAAUCCAGACUUUCAGGAAAUGGCUACAUUAUCGUCGAUGAAGCUCAUUCCACAGGGAUAUACGGUAAACAAGGACGAGGUUUAGUUUGCGAAUUGGGUUUGGAAGAGGAGAUCUUUGCAAGGCUACAUACGUUUGGCAAAGCGAUGAGUUCUUUUGGAGCUAUCGUCUUGUGCUCGUCUAUCACAAGAGAAUAUCUGAUCAAUUACGCGAGAACAUUGAUAUACACCACCGCACUGCCAUUUUCGUGUCUUGCGAGUAUUAGUUUGUCGUACCAAUACUUGCAAGGAGAUUUGAUCGAUGCCAGACUCACAUAUUUAUGGGGUCUUGUGGCUCACGCACACGGGCUUCUUCUCUCGUUAGCCAGGACGACAACACUCGUUCGUGUUGAUGAAGAAGCGAAAUCACCCAUCAUUCCCUUGUUUACAUCUGAGCCACGAAGCCUAGCACAGUUUUGUCAAGAGAAGGGAUUCACAAUAAGGCCUAUUGUUGCACCGACUGUACCGAGAGGGAGUGAGAGAGUGAGGAUCUGUUUACAUGCUGGAAAUACUGCAGCAGAAGUUCAAGGAUUGAUUGGAACUAUUAGAGAGUGGAUUAAACUUCAGGAAGGUACUAUUGCCAGACUAUAG